AUGGCUUCCCAGAGCCGCACCUUGCCUGUGCUUGUGGCCGCUGCCUGCUGCGCGGCUGUGCUUCGCAGCUUCUGGGCACCGAGCCAGCAGACUUUCGUGGCACCUCAGCAGAGCGUGCACAUGGGCUGCCAGGCGUUGUCGGGUGGUGCUCUGGCCUCCGGCAAUGUGCCUGCCAUCGUGAACACAGUCCCCGCUCGCCCUGGUGUGCCCGCCCACUUCAAGGUAUUAGACGUUGAACUUUUCGCAACCAUGCCACCGACAAACAAGGAAUGCCCCGAGGACGUUUACAUCCUGGAUCAGGCUGAGGAGGAGGGCUUGGAGCUGCCCUACUCCUGCCGCGCGGGCUCUUGCUCCAGCUGCGCUGGUAAGGUCCUGGAGGGCGAGAUCGAUCAGAGCGAUCAGGCUUUCUUGGACGAUGACCAGAUGGGCGAGGGCUUCUGCUUGACUUGCGUGACUUACGCCACCUCGGACGUGACCAUCAAGACCCACUGCGAGGAUGAGCUCUGA